CUCUCUUUCAGUUGUGGUCAGAGUUGCGAGCUGCUCGUCUCUUCCUUGCACUGUCUUCUCUACUUGCGACUGCGUGAAUGAGAUACGCUGCUUUUUGUGUGAGGGACUUUGAUGUUUCUUCAUACCAUCGUUUAGACAUUCAUGGAUUCAGACUGAGCUGCAACAUGAGACCCAUUCCUUCUCCUCAAAUAUUGUGACCAUUGAGAUCUGAGAAGUUCAGCUGCAGCCUCGCCUUACCAGAUUGAAGCUUCAGCAGCAAUCACUGGAACAUUUCAAAGCAGGACCAGAUGCAGCUCACAAUGAAGACAUUUGUGGCAUGAAACCAGAUCUGCCACUCAUUUCCUCCUCCUUCAUUUCCUUCCAUCACCCUUCACUUAGUAACUCUAACUUCAGCAACGCCGCAUUGAUGAGGUAACGUCGAGCUCCCGCUCCGCAGCACCUACCUGCACAUAUACCACAUUGCCUUCCUCCCCUUCUCCUCCCGCCAACCCUUUCAUCACAGCCAUGGGUCAGAAGAUUUCAGGCAGCAUUAAAUCGGUGGAAGGUCGCGGGGAAAGUGGCGGCUCCCCGUCGUACCGUCCCACGGCUCAUCGCCGCCAGCACCUGGAGCUGAGAGGUCCAGAUUUCUCCAAGCCACCCAGGCUGGACCUCCUGUUGGACAUGCCGUGCGCUGGACUGGAGACGCAGCUCCAUCACGCGUGGAACCCAGACGACCGCUCCCUCAACAUCUUCAUCAAAGAGGACGACAAGCUGACGUUUCACCGACACCCAGUCGCUCAAAGCACGGACUGCAUCAGAGGACGGGUCGGAUACACACGGGGUCUUCACGUGUGGAAGAUCCACUGGCCUUCGCGGCAGCGAGGCACCCACGCUGUGGUGGGCGUGGCGACCUCGGAAGCCCCUUUACACUCUGUUGGGUACACCGCGUUAGUGGGUUCGGACUGUGAGUCCUGGGGCUGGGAUCUGGGACGAAACAGACUCUACCAUGACAGCAAGAACCGGUCUCAAAGUUCGCUGCCUUCGUACCCUUGUUUCCUAGAGCCAGAUGAGUCGUUCACGCUCCCGGACUCUCUCCUCGUGAUUCUGGACAUGGAUGAAGGGACGCUUAGCUUUAUGGUGGAUGGACAGUACCUAGGAGUUGCAUUUCGAGGCCUGAAAGGAAGGAAGCUGUAUCCCAUCGUGAGUGCCGUAUGGGGACAUUGUGAAAUAACCAUGAAGUAUGUCAACGGCUUGGAUCCGGAGCCCCUGCCGCUCAUGGACCUGUGUCGACGUGCGGCCCGCCUGGCGUUGGGUCGGGAACGGCUCAAGGAAAUUGAGAGCCUCCCUCUGCCCCAGUCCCUCAAAAAUUACCUCCAGUACCAGUGACCGACACCGGCAGAUCCAACUGGGACAACAAGGACGAGGAGCAGGCCACCAGAGAUUCUGCAGAUGGACGAUGAAAGGGUGAACUUGAGGUCGCACAGAGGGGAUGAUUGAUUGAAGAACGUCCACACCGGAGCACCGCAGCUCUCAUGAAUCCGUACAAGGACGGAUAAGGACGAAGGCAGAUGAACUGGAGGCAGAGGAGGAGAGGAAAUUCAGGCUUUCCAACAAUCGGACCACACCAGCUUCUUCUUUCUUUUUUUUUAAAAUUAAUUUUAGGCUGCUUUUUUUGGUUUUAGACUUGAAAUAAAUUAUUGAUGACAGCGUCACAUCAGUGUCUCUUUCAUCCAGACUGAAAACCCAUCCUCUGAUGGCACAGCGCUGUUAGGUGGUGAAAGCAAACAUCGCCAUCUAGUGGUGAGAAUAAUAAAAAGAA